AGCGGCACCUGCUGAGGCUCUGACCCUGUCCAUAGAGCUCAGAUUUUAACACUGCGCCCCUCACCCUGGUGUCAGGGCAGCGGAUCCCCCUCAGGGAGUGGAGGACGGGGGGUGUCCGGGGCUGGCUGGGAUCUUUCACGUGACCGAGCCAACAUCUGCCAGAGCAGAGAGAGGAAACUCAGGAUGGAGUCUCUGACCACGGCCCCACCAACCACGUGGCUGCAGCCCAGCGGCUCAGCUUCCUGUGUGAUCUCAGCCCAGCCCCUCACCCCCUGCCCGUGCCUUCACCGCCUCCUCUCACUUGGAGAUGAUGGAGGAUGAGGAAGGAUACAAGGCAUUGAACCUGCGGCCCAAGCGGGAUGGCUCGGGUGGCCCGUCCCCAGCCGGGAACCAAGGUUCCCGACAGUGUCCUGGCUGGCUUCAGGUCGCUCUAGGGGCUGGGAAUCUCAUCCUGGCAGGGGCUGUGCUAUUGCUGGUGGUGUGUGUUUCCCACUUGGUGUCUGAGAAGGGACCGACCCCGGCAGCCCCUGGGAGCGACGGAGCCGGGAGCAGAGAUACAGCGACAGCCCCUGGGAGCGACGGAGCCGGGAGCAGAGAUACAGCGACAGCCCCUGGGAGCGCAGACACCUGCACGGGAGAAUGCAGCGCCCGCCUGGAGCGUGUCCGAUCCCAGCUGUGCCACCCGGCCCCGCCCGGCCCAGCAGGGGGCUCUGGGUGCAAACUCUGCCCCACGGACUGGCAGCUGCGCGGGGACAAGUGCUACUGGGUCUCCAGAGCACGUAAAACGUGGAGCGAGAGCCGCGCCGACUGCUCAGCGAGGGACUCCCAGCUGCUGGUGAUCCAGGACCCUGAGGAGCUGGAGUUCAUAAAGGACCUGACAAAACAUUCACAUCUGUUCUGGAUCGGACUGUCCGUCUCCUCCUCGGAGAAGGCCUGGAUCUGGGUGGACGGUUCCCGGCUGGAUCAGACCCUGUUCCAGGCACCAGGCCCGGCUGAGAACAGCUGCGGGGCGGUGUGGGGGAAAUGGAUUCAUUCUGACGCCUGCAGCUCUGUACUUCAUUGGAUUUGCCGGAGAGACGCCGUCCCACUCUGAGCAGGGGAUCCAGGGCUCUUUACUAAUGGGAAGGAGCCUUUCAUCACUAAAACCAUCGUGAAUGAUCUUUGACACUUCAUGUGGUGCCUGUCAUGUGAAGAUCUCAAAGCUCAUCAGUGCUCAGUGCCUGACUUCAGUACCGGGCAAACUGAUUGAAACUAUAGUAAAGAACAAAAUGGUCAGA